AUGCCACAGGAUGCUGUCAACCAAAUGUUUUCCAAUAUAAAAACUAUUUAUCAAUUCCAUCAUGAUUUUUUAUUACCUCAGUUACAGGAGAGGAUAGAUAAAUGGGAAAAUGAUCCAAGAAUAGGUGAUUUGAUGAAAAGAAAUGCUCCAUUUUUAAAACUGUAUACAGAUUAUGUGAAGAAUUUUGAUAAUUCUAUGAACUUGAUAAAUUAUUGGCUACAGAAAUCAUCCAAGUUUUCCAGUAUUAUACGUGAAGUUCAGAAACUACCAGAAUGUGCUAAUUUAACUUUACAACAUCAUAUGUUAGGACCUAUACAACGAGUACCAAGAUAUGAAUUAUUGCUCAAAGACUAUAUCAAACAUUUACCUGAAAAUUCUGCUGAUUUAAAAGAUGCUCAGGCUGCCCUAGAUCUUGUCACUAAAGCAGCAAGUCAUGCUAAUGAAGCAAUGAAAAAAAUAGAAAAAUUCCGCAAAUUGUUAGAAAUACAUCAGAGUUUACGUGGUAUAAAUAUAGAUUUUAUCUCACCAACUAGAGAGCUCAUACGAGAAGGUCCAAUUAUCAAAAUUGCGGCCAGAAGCGGAGAAAAGCUCUCACGUUAUUUAUUUUUAUUCAAUGAUUUAUUAUUAAUAUGUAGUGAACCAAUGUUAGGAGCAUAUAAAGUGAAAGCCCAGAUGGAUAUAGAGAGCAUGGAGGUAAUAACAAUAUUUAAUUAA